GUAAUUUCUCGCCACGAUUGCAACUCUAAAUUUCAGACCUGAAGUUGGUGGCGGUUUUCUCUUCCUUUUCUCUGAACGCUGCUAAAAUGAAAGCCAAGGGACAGUUGAAGGAAUACGAAGUUAUUGGCCGCAAGCUGCCAACCGAGAAGGAGCCACAAACUCCACUCUACAAAAUGCGUAUCUUUGCUCCGGAUAACAUCGUGGCCAAGUCGCGUUUCUGGUAUUUCUUGCGCCAACUGAAGAAGUUCAAGAAGACCACCGGUGAAAUUGUCUCACUGAAACAGGUCUACGAAACUUCCCCCACUAAAAUUAAGAAUUUUGGUAUUUGGUUGCGUUAUGAUUCUCGUUCCGGUACCCACAAUAUGUACCGUGAAUACCGUGAUCUGACUGUUGGCGGUGCUGUGACGGCGUGUUACCGCGAUAUGGGUGCACGUCAUCGUGCUCGUGCUCAUUCUAUUCAAAUCAUCAAGGUUGACUCCAUCAAAGCCAGCAACACUCGUCGUGUGCAUGUUAAACAAUUCCACAAUUCAAAAAUCAAGUUCCCAUUGGUGCAAAGAGUACACCACAAGGGCAACAGGAAAUUGUUCUCAUACAGAAAACCAAGAACCUACUUCUUGUAAGAUGCUUUAUAGUUAUUUUUUUAACUUUUUGAUUUAAAAUAAAUAGAAAAGUCUUUACCAUCCUGACUUGUGUACAAUAAA